AGUUUGUAUAGUGUUUCAGUUUCUUAAAUUUGAUCGUAGCCCUCUGUAGAUUAAGCUUAAGGUGUACUUUUAUUAAACCUAAUCUGAUUAACCAGCGUGUUUACAAUGUCGGUGUUUGGUGUAUCUACAUUCUGUGUCGUCACCGGCGCGAGUCGAGGCAUCGGGCAAUGCAUUGCAGUUAAGCUUAGCUCUCGUUUCGGAAAGGAUUCUAAAAUUGUCAUCAUUGCAAGAUCAGAGGAAGGCCUUAUUGAAACAAAGAAUCAAAUCAAGGUGGUUUGUCCAACAUGCGAAGUUGUGUGUGUGGUAGCUGAUCUAUCAGAUCCCGCAAGCACAAAAGUUGCUUGUGAGAAAAUCCCUUCACUGGCUAAUGAUGGGUUUUACCAGCACGCUAUGUUUGUCCACAACGCUGGCUCUCUCGCUGACGUUUCCAAGAAACUUUCGGAUACAACGGACACCGUUGAAAUGUCUCAUUUCUGGCACCUCAACGUAUCUUCCGCCGUCGCAUUGAAUGCCGCAUUCCUUGGAUAUUUUAGCGGGAAUCCGAAAAUCCGUAAGACAGUUGUUCAAAUCAGUUCUCGUGCAAGUGAGGAGCCAGUGCCAGGCCUCGGUCUUUAUUGUUCCGCCAAAGCAGCUCGUCUUAUACUCUUCAAGGUCUUAGCUAUAGAAGAACCUGGAAUCCGCGUCAUAAGCUACGCACCUGGGCCUGUCAAAACAGAAAUGUGGGAUUCGCUUGCCAAUAUUCACAAUCUUGAUAUGAAGUCGAUGUUUCAAACUAUGGCGGAAUCUGGAGUGGUAAGAGAACCUUCAGCCACAGUUGAUUAUUUACUCCAGAUUUUAGAAGCCGACGAGUUUGAAUCUGGAUCCCAUGUUAAACUUGCGGACGAACCAGUCACAAAUGAUCAUUCUCAAGAUAAUGAAUGAUUUUAAUACUGCAUGAGGUUUGGGGUACAGUGGGUCAUAUUCAUAUCUGAACUAAUUCACUGCUCUCUUCGACAUGCGGUCCUCACCCAUAUAACACGGAAUGUUUACUAUAGUGUAUACAAUAGAAAUAGUGCAUGCAGCAGUAAACUAACAGUUACUCAAAAGAUACAUUGCUGGUGAUGUUUAAAGCGAUCUACUUUAACUCUGCAAGUUCACAUUCUUUGUCUAAUUUUGUAUUCCUUAUUUGUCGUACCCCUGUAUAUAUGAAUCUAACUGUCUCAGGUUAAUAAUAAUCACUUACAUUAUAAACAUAUAUUAUAUUGGAUAAAACCACUUCAAGUACACCGCGUUGCUUGGAUUUUAUACAUUCAACAAGCUUUAUCAUUUCAUCACAUUUAGUUUGUCAUCCGGUAGAUAAUAUCAGGAUUAAAAUGUUUUAGGUCAAAAUUCAAUGAUCAACGGUUGGGCAUCUUUACAUCUUAGUGUUGUUCGAUUAUCCGUUUUAUAACAUUAGCUUUAAAUUCUCAAGUCUGUUAUUGGACCUUAAACUUUCAAUCUUCUGCAUUGGGCAAUAUCCAGAACAAAUUGUUUGUUUAGUUCUGUUUUAAGAAAAAAAACAAUGACUGACA